UCUUCUCAUCUCUAUACCUGCUUAAACUCUUUGAUAAACACAUCCAUCUCAGCUGUUCAAACAACAAGAAGCAAAAUGAUGAAGUUUAAGUCUAAGAAGUUCUGCAGAGGCAGCUUCAAGUUUGGCAAUGGAGAUGGAGGAAACAACGUCAAAGGUGGUUAUCAAAAGGGUGUCGUCGGAAACUGCAAUAAUAAUAAUAAUUACAGUGAAAUCAAAUGGGAACUUAGGCCCGGUGGGAUGCUCGUUCAGAGGAGAGAGUCCGGUUCGAGUGCCGGAGAAGGGACGAUCGUCGUUAGAGUCUCGACCGUCUCCCAAUGGCACGAUAUCUCCAUCGAACCAACUUCCACUUUCGGGGAGUUGAAGAUGAUAUUGUCAUUGGUGACAAGUAUGGAGCCAAGAGAGCAAAGGGUGUUAUUCAAAGGGAAAGAAAGGGAAGAUGAUGAAUACUUGCACAUGGUUGGUGUUGGAGACAAAGACAAAGUGGUUUUACUACAAGAUCCGGCCAUUAAAGAGAAGAAGAGCUUCGUAGAUUGAGAUCAACAAUCCCCACUACUUAUCGCACCAUUAGUGUAUGAUAUUAUUAUAAACAACAUUAUUAAUAUUGAGUUGUACGCACUCGCCACCUAAAAAACCAAGUCUUAAAAUGUGGUGAAGUGUUAUAUAUUUCACUUUGAUUAGUUUAGGGACUUGGUUGUAUCCAAACUACGUAGUUUAAUUUCAAUGC